CCGCGGCUACAGGUGACGUCAGCGUGCUGCGGCCCACCCUCUUCCGCCGGCGUAGCGCAUGCGUGCUAGGAGAGGGAGUGCUGUAUUAAGAUCCAAGUGCUUUGUUAAACUGAACCUUCUUUGCUCUAAAUGUUUUCCUCAAUUGGGAGACCUUGAGAAACAAUUAAAAGGAUUAGCAUGAUGUUAAUGAAGACUUAGCUGGUUGAUGUUGGCAUGGUUCCUUUUGUCUUCUGAAAAAACAAGAUCCUGAAGAUUAGCAUUUAUCAUGUUGAGAUUUGGGCAGCAUCUCAUCAAGCCUUCUGUGGUCUUCGUGAAGACAGAGCUCUCCUUUGCUCUUGUGAACCGGAAGCCAGUGGUCCCAGGGCAUGUCCUUGUUUGCCCUCUGCGGCCAGUGGAGCGUUUCCGUGACCUGCGUCCUGAGGAAGUGGCUGAUUUAUUCCGCACAGCGCAAAGGGUUGGCGAUGUUGUGGAGAAACACUUCUGCGGCACCUCACUCACCAUUUCAAUUCAGGAUGGCCCUGAAGCUGGACAGACGGUGAAGCAUGUUCAUGUCCAUGUCCUUCCAAGGAGGGCUGGAGACUUCAGCAGAAAUGAUAAUGUCUACGAGGAGUUGCAACGACAUGACAAAGGAGAGGAGGAUUCCCCUGACAAGUGGAGGACAGAAGAAGAAAUGGCAGCUGAAGCUGCAAUUCUGAAGAAAUAUUUUCAGUAAAAUUAGAGGUAACAAAAUGUUUGAAAAACACCCCACGACAUAAGAAACUCCUGGGGAAAGACCUCAUUCUCCAGUUCUCAGUGGCACUGGAACUGCAGCUGAGCACGUUUUUAUGAUGUUCCACAAAUAUGGGAUUCUUCCUUGAAAAAUGUUAUUGGACCUUUGGAUAUCAUCAAGGUUGAAUUUCAGCUAAGACAACUAGCAGCACUGGUUCAAAAUACUACUCUGAGUAGUAACUCCUAUUUUCCUGUAUUGUGAACUUGGGAAUGAAUCUUCUAAAAUUGUCCCUUGGCCUAAAUUGAAAUAAAUGCUAGCAAACCUGGGUA